CGCUGUAUCACUAUACCUACCCACCCAAAACAACAUUAUUGAGAUGCGCAUGCCCACCAUCGAACCAUUGACAGUUUUUCUUGGAUAAAAUCUAGAUUCUCAACAGGGCGCACAACUCACGACUCAGCACAUACCUGAACGCAGCAGAGAAGGACCGGGGCGACUCAGCACUAAUUCCUGGGAGGAGGAGGAGGAGGACGUACACGCACGGGAGGGUCGAUGGAGAUCGACGGCGACCUCCUCGUCACCAGGGCCGAGAUCACGAACGCCGCGGCGGCCACGUUCGCGGACUCAACCGUGAUUCCCGACAGGUACGCCCGGCCGGACGAGGUCGGGGACGGGGUCGUGGUGGGCGACGACGAGAGCCACGAGCUGCCGCUCGUAGACAUGGCGAGGCUGCUCGACUCGGAGUCCUCGGAGGCGGAGACCGCCAAGCUUGGCUCUGCGUGUCGAGACUUGGGCUUCUUCCAGCUAACAAACCAUGGACUUGACGAAUCGGUUGUGCAAGACAUGAAGAAUAACGCUAUGCAGUUCUUCCGCUUGCCACUGGAGAAGAAGAACGCGGUGGGCAUCCAGGCCGGCGGCUUGGGAGGGUUUGGGCACCACUUCACCGGACCAUCCCGGGACAAGUUGGACUGGGCAGAGAGCCUGAUACUCACGACGCAGGAGAACGAGCAAACGAACGUGGAGUUCUGGCCAGCCGAUCCGCCAACAUUUAGGCAUUCCUAAUACACUACUACUGGGAUGCACUCGAAAAGUACUCGCUCCAGAUGUCUGGUCUCACGAGGCGCCUGCUAGGGUUCAUGGCGAGCGACCUCGGAGUGGAGCGGGAGGCGCUCGACAGGGCCUUCCGGGGCAAGAGGCAGACCGUGGCCAUGCACCACUACCCUCCAUGCCGGCACCCGGACAAGGUGAUAGGCAUCACGCCGCACCACGACGGCCUCGGCCUGGCGCUCCUGCUGCACGUGGACGACACCCCCGGCCUGCAGGUGAAGAGGGACGGCAGGUGGUUCCCGCUGGACCCGCUGCCGGGCGCCCUCGUCGUCAACGUCGGCGACAUCCUCCAGGUCCUCACCAACGGCAAGUACAGGAGCGCCGAGCAUAGGGUGUUGGUGGACGCCGAGAGAGGCCGGGCGACCGUGGUGAUG